CGCAACACCAUUUCAGUGCGUUCCUGUCCAUUUCGAGUACUGAAAAUAAGAGUACAGAGUUAAAUAAUAAAUAGUUUAUUUUGAACUGAAAUUUGCUAACUUGUGCGUUUGGAACAUACCUACUCUAUGGUUUGGAAUCGGUACUGAAAUGAAACCACGCGGGUACCGGGUAUAUUACGUAAUACGUUAUCUAUUAAUGAUAAAUGAAAUGUAGGAUUUUACUAUUAAGUGGUUAUUUUUGAAUUUUUGUCGUCAGUCGACGGAAUCAAUAAUCCAUGCUUAAAAUUAUUUAGUCAGUAUUCACUAUUCAGUAUUCACUCAAUAAUCGUUCGAUCAUGAUUCAAGAUUCAAGCACCGAAUAGUUCGAAUUACGUGAAUACUUUAUUCAAAAUUCAGUUAUACCUAAUAUGAUUUUGAUAUCUACGGUAAAUGGUAAUCAUUAAUCAUGACGUUACAUGAGUUCUUACCAGUUACAGGAUAACACAACAUAGUAAGUGAUUCGCUUUCGACAUCUUUACUCCGACGUCCAUCAUUAUAGCAGAUUUGAUUUAAGGCGACUAAAAUGAAGAGAUCUAAAAUUAAAAAAAUUAUUCUUACCAACAGUGUCAAAAGUUCUAAAGAUUCCAAACAUUGUUACUUGUGCGAUGCCAUAAAGCGAACGCACCAACACUACGAUAUAUCAUCAUUACUGAUAACUGUCAGUCAAUGGGAUACUAAAGGAUCAAGUAAAAUAAGAAGUAUUCAGCAAUUUAAAUGUUUUGUAUGCAAUUAUAAUUCUAAGAAUUUUAAUAAAUGGAAAACACAUAUCAUGUCAAAUGGACACAUGUCUAUGUGCCACACCUUAGACAAAGUGUGUUCAUACUUCUGUAAAGCUUGUAAAACAUUAUUUUAUGGGUCAGAAAUGUGUAUAAGCCAACAUCAAAAGGUUGAACAUAGUGGUAAAAGUAAUUUGUCUAGUGUAUCAAUAUUUAUGUCUGAACUAAUGAGUUGUUUGGAUAUUUAUUCAAAGCAUGUUUAUUUUUGUAGUUUAUGUAAAACCGUUUCAGAAACACCAAUUCAUACUUCUGGGAAACAUUUAAAUAAUCAAAAAUUGUACGAUUGUAAAUAUUGUAAUACUACAUUUCUAUGUAACACUGAAGAAUUAGAUUUUCAUGAAGCUAGUGUAGAACAUUUAAUAUUUAAAUGUAUCUAUUCAAUAAAAGAAGCUAUUGAAGCAAACAGUUUGAAAAUACAAAAACAAGACCAUGUUACAAAAACUACACACGAUCUUCAAACAAAACUAAAACCAUUAGAAUUGCCAUUAAUUAUAUUGGACAGAUUUCAGAAAACUUCAAAAUCAAUGGCGAAAUGUAAUUUUUGUAAUGUUAUUAUUCAAUGGAGUACUCAAAGAAUAGUCAAACAUGUAAAUUUAUGCUUGAAUAAAGGAAAUUUGACAUCAGAAAUGCAUACAAUUUCGAUUACAGCUUAUGAUUGUGGAGUAUGUAGUUUUAAAACAAAUUCUUUCUUUAGCUUUAAGCUUCAUGUGAUUUCACCUAUACAUCUCACAAAUUCUCACACAACUGGUGAUUUCUACUCAUAUUUUUGUACCAUUUGCAAUUUAUACAUUUAUGCUUCCAAAAUUCAAAUUAACGAUCAUUUGAAAAGGAAGCAUAAAACAAAUAUUACUGACUUGCCUUUAUUAUCUACAUUUUUAAAACAUAAUUAUGAUUACAUAAGCAAUCAUCCUGGAUCUGACUUUAUAGACUAUUAUAGUGAUCUGGAUCAACAAUCCUGUGAAAAAGAUUUUCAAUGUAAUGUUUGCAAAAUUUCUUUCUGCAUGAGUGAUUAUGAGUAUAACUUACAUGAGAUUUCCAGUGAACAUAUUCUUUUAAAAUAUUUUACGCCAACGAAUCCUUCAUUAGUUAUGAAACAUAGUUAUGGAUAUGAAAAUGUACCAACUACAUCAACUAUAAAUGCAAACUCAAUUAUAAACAAUGAAGCUUUAAGUAAUAAAUGUUUGUCUUCAACCAAAACUGAUAAAAGUAAUCCAGAAGAAAUUUCAGUAAAUAAAGGUCAUACAAAUAUUAAAAAAAGACAAUUAGAUAUGAAUAGUACAAUUAUUUCAGAAAACAAUAAGUUGUUCAAAAAUUGUAAUGAAAGCAAAUCACAUUCAGCAAUUUCAUCUACUAAUACGGAUCAUAAUAUACAACAAAAUGUAUACAUUGCUGAUGAUGAUAGUGUAAAGAUAGCAGAUUUAAAUUCUACUGCAGAAAUUCUUUUUAUGGAGCAUGGUCAAGAAGCCUUGCAUUAUGUAGAUGUAUCAACAAGUUCUGAUGAUCUGAGGCAGAAGAAUAUAAAGUAUAAUAAACUUAAAAAUAUCAAAAAGCAAAAUAAUAUUCAGUCUACUGAUACACAGUCCAAUAUUACAAGACUAAACAAACAACUACAUUCAACAGACCAAGAUCAAGCAUACGGACAGUAUGUUACAGAAAGACUUAAAAAUAUACAUAAUGCAUCUCUUAAAAGUAGUAUAAAAAUUGAAAUAGAUGCUCUAUUUUGUACCUAUACCUAAUUAAUUUAAUAAAUGUGCUAU